AUGGGCUCCGCAGGAAGCAAAAGCGUCAAGUUCAACCCUGACACCGACAUCCCUUCAUUAAAAGACAAAGUCAUCCUUGUGACCGGCGGAAACAGCGGUCUUGGAAAGGAAUCCGUUCUCCAGUUUGCCAAGCAUGAUCCCAAAGAGAUCUGGCUAGGAGCCCGCUCCGAAGCAAAGGCCAAGGAAGCCAUCAGCGACAUCAAAGCGCAGGUCCCCAAUGCCCCAAUCAAAUUCGUCAAGAUAGAUCUCGCUUCUUUCAAGUCGAUCCGCGAGGCAGCCAAAGCGUUCACCCAGGAAUCGGAUCGUCUAGAUAUCCUCCUGCUCAACGGAGGCAUCAUGUCUGUACCGCCUGGGACAACCGACGACGGGUAUGAGAUACAGUUCGGCACAAAUCACAUGGGCCACGCUCUUCUGACCAAGCUCCUCCUCCCAACACUCCUCCGAACCGCCGAUAAGGGCAAUGAUGUCCGUGUUACUGUCCUCGCUUCAUCUGCUCACCAGUAUGCACCCCCCGAGGGUAUCAAGUUCGACACGCUCAAGUCUCAGGCUCUACAAAUGGGCGCCAUCACACGCUAUGGACAAAGUAAGCUCGCCAAUGCCUUGUUUGCCAAGGAGCUCGCCAGACGCUAUCCCCAGCUCACGACUGCCUCGCUUCAGCCCGGUUUGGUGACCACCAACCUGGCCAACACCAUGAGCGACAACAGCUGGGUAAUGCGCCUAGCGUGGAAGGUGACGGCUUUCUUCAUCGGUGUAGAUGUUCCUACAGGCACGUUGAACCAGCUGUGGGCGUCGACGUCUAAGAAUGUGGUCUCGGGCACGUACUAUGAGCCAAUCGGUCGAACAGGACUGGACAAUCUCCAAGCGUUGCCUCCUGUUCCGGGCCAAGCUCAGUUGAUUACUGGCUCCCCAUGUGCGGCCGCAUUUCCCGCUGGCACUAGUGAUCGGCGGCUCCAGUGCGCCGCAUUCCAGAUUCAAGGCCCAAACCUUGAUCUUGAACUGGUUAGACCACUGAACUCGGAUGGAAAGAACGCCGCUUCAGCUGAAAUCGUGUUGUCCAGUUUGAACCAGCUGCCCCCUGUUCUAGGAACACAUCCUCAGCUCCUAUCCCACAUUAUUGACAUCUUCGUAUUUACCGUUAAAAUGAGUCUGAACCUUGGAAUGCGCUGUAGCACAGUGGUGCCUAACAAGCCACCUCUGACAGAGAAGAAUCUCCCCGAUCAGAAGGGCAAGGUCUUUCUCGUCACCGGCGCGUCAGGUGGGCUAGGCAAGCUUCUCGUCGACAUACUCUAUCAACACAACGGAAAGGUCUACCUCGCUGCACGAUCCCAAUCCAAGACCGAAGAAGUGAUCAAAGAGAUCAAAUCAGCGCAUCCCUCCUCAACAGGCGAACUCCAUUUCCUCCACCUCGAGCUCGAUGACCUGUCGACAAUCAAGCCAGCGGCCGAUCGCUUCUUAGAAAAGGAAAGCCGACUAGAUGUCCUUUGGAACAACGCAGGCGUCAUGAUCCCGCCUGAUGGCUCCAAGACAAAGCAGGGCUACGAACUCCAGUACGGCGUAAACAACAGUGCUCAUUUCUUGUUCACUCUUUUGCUUCGCCCUGCCCUUGAAAAUGCCGCUGCAUCAGCGCCCAAGAACUCUGUCCGCGUUGUUUGGGUCGCUUCUAGCGCUGCUGAUGCUGCACCCAAUCCGGCAGUAGAUCUGACGAAUAUGGAUUACCACCGUAAGGAGGGUGCGUGGAUGAAGUACUCGCGCAGUAAAGCUGCCAGUGUUGUACACUCAGCCGAGUUUGCGAGAAGAACCAAAGGCACCGGCAUCAUCAGUCUUGCCCUCAACCCUGGCAAUUUUGUCACCAACCUUCAGCUGAACAUGUCCAAGAUGGAACUCGCCAUGUUUAAACUGAUCUCAUCGGACCCUAUCAAUGGGGCCUAUACUGAGCUCUUUGCAGGUUUAAGUGAUACCAUCACUGAAGAAAACAACGGCGGAUGGGUGUCUCCAUUUGGUAAGGUCGAGAAGAUUCGAAAAGACUUUGUAGAGCCAGAUCUCGGGAGCAAGUUUUGGGAAUGGACCAUGGAACAGGUGAAGCCGUAUAUGUAG